GCCACGCUCCUCGCCCUCCUUCUUGAUGAGCUGCUUGUUGAGCUGUGGUGCAGAAGAUCCUCAAGAUGAUUCCAUCCGUUACUCUCAGCACUGGAGCAAAGAUGCCAAUUGUGGGCAUUGGAACGUGGGUGCAGAAGGCGGAACCAGGGCAGGUCUGUGAGGCAGUGAAGGUUGCUAUAGGCAACGGCUACAGGCACAUAGACGGCGCGUACGCUUACGAGAAUGAACAAGAAGUGGGGAAGGGAAUCCACGCCAUGAUUGAUCAAGGAGUAGUGAAGAGAGAGGAUCUGUUUAUUGUUAGUAAGCUGUGGUGCACCUGCCAUAUUCCAUCCAUGGUGAGGGCAGCAUGUGAGAAGACUCUCAGUGACCUGAAGCUGAAAUACCUGGACCUCUACCUCAUGCAUUUUCCAACAGGGAUGAAGCCUGGGAAGGAGAUUUUUCCUUUAGACGAGGAUAAGCAAGUCAUUCCCUCUGGCUCAAAUUUCUUGGACACUUGGGAGGAAAUGGAGAAGCUGGUGGACGCUGGGUUGGUCAAAGCCAUCGGCAUCUCCAACUUCAACAAGGAUCAGAUUGAAGCUUUGCUAAACAAACCCGGCCUCAAGCACAAGCCAGUAACCAAUCAGAUUGAGUGCCAUCCGUACUUGACCCAGGACAAGAUGAUCAACUACUGCCACUCCAAGGGCAUCUCAGUGACAGCUUAUGCCCCUCUGGGCUCCCCUGAGAGACCCUGGGCCACCCGCGAUGAUCCCUCGCUGCUGGAGAACUCCACCAUUAAAGCCAUUGCUGCAAAGUACAAGAAAACAGCAGCACAGGUUCUCAUGAGGUUCCACACUCAGAGGAAUGUGAUUGUCCUUGCCAAAUCCAUUACGCCCAGCCGCAUCAUUGAAAACAUCCAGUUGUUUGACUUUGAGUUAAGUGAAGAGGACAUGAAGAAGAUCCUCAGCUUGAACAAAAACUGGCGGGGAUUUCCAGCGGAAUGGGCUACAAAACACAAAGAUUACCCCUUUGGUACUGAAUUCUAGGUCUACUUCUACUCACAAGCUUUCCUGUGGACUUUUUUUACUUAUCAAAGUCUACAUGGCCUGCAGUCAAUAGAGUGGCACGCUUUUGUAAACAGGAUUCCGGUGACUCUUGCACUUAUUCACUAAUAUUUUUAUAUUUUCUGCAGUAUUUAACCAUUUAAUAAACAAAUUAGCAUUUUUUUUUUUUGGGAGGCAGUUGAUGUUAAAUGGAUGUUACUUUGAUGCAAAGUCAAUAAAAAUGAUGUGGCUGCUUAAGAAAAAAA